AUGUGCGACCAUUUUGUGGGCACCUGGAAGCUCCUUUCCAGUGAAAACUUUGAGGACUAUAUGAAAGAACUGGGUGUGGGGUUUGCUACCAGGAAGAUGGCUGGUGUGGCCAAGCCUAAUGUAACUAUCAGCAUCAAUGGUGAUGUGAUUACCAUCAAAACAGAAAGUACCUUCAAAAACACAGAGAUCUCUUUCAAGCUGGGUGAAGAGUUUGAUGAGACCACAGCAGAUGACAGAAAAACAAAGAAUGUCAUAACCCUAGAGAAUGGUGUGCUGAAGCAGGUGCAGAAGUGGGAUGGAAAAGAGACUAUCAUAAAGAGAAAGGUGGUGGAUGGGAACCUGGUGGUGGAAUGCACCAUGAAUAAUGUUUCCUGCAAAAGAACCUAUGAAAAAGCAUGAAGAAGCCACCUUCACACAGGACUAAUGCUUAAAGCUGGAGUAAAACAACUUAACCAAAGGAGAAAAGCCCCACAAAUCUGUUUUAAAGAG